CAGAGCGUGCGUGGUUAGAGAGACUCAGCUUUUGAAAUAAGUAUUUAAAAAAAAGGUGAAAGAUGUCGGAGACGAAGAUGUUAAACCAAAAUAUGGAAAAUAAGUCAUAGCUCUUUUAAUGCAAACCUGACACAUAGUUUGUUUAAAGUUCCUUGGUCUCCACAAUGUUGUUGUUGUAACGGGUACCUAAUCUCCGUUAGGUUGGUAAGGAUUAUCUACGUUGUCGUUGACAUCAUCCAACGGUAGGCAAAAGAAACAUGUUGUUUCGACGGGGUCGGACCAAAGGUAAUGGGGUGUCGGAUGAGUGGGCUUUGUGGGGCAUGCAAAGAGGUGGCCAUUGUUAUGCGGAAACUCAUUGCAUGCAGGACACUUAUUGACCCGGAUUUCUUUCGGCCAAGGGCUAUUAUUUCGGAGAUCUAACCCCGUUUAGAUCGGUAAAUCUUAGUUUAAGCUUGUCUUAGUCUGCACUCUGAUCCCAGAUGCUUGGGUGACCGUUUCUCCUUGAUGUUACCGAACGUUUGAUGGAUUUUAUGAGAGAUUUUGCCAUGUUGACAAAUAUGUCUUUGGCAUUUCUUGCCGAGGUCAACAAUAUAAAAAGACGACUACUUUUAUGGCGCUGAGAUCCAACCUACUUAUGUAUAUACAUAAGUCUUGCAUAGUGGUAGGACACAGUAGAAAUCGCUAAACCAAUUUGAGUGCUAAACUUUGGGCUACAAAACCGGUACACAACUUGGAAGAUCGCAUCGCACAAAGAGCUCGAGUAUUUAGCAAGAAGAGCGGAAGAGCUUCGCGGAUUGCAAAAACACUUACGUAAUGAUGUUGGGUAUGAAUGAUCACUAUGAAUCAUGAUGAGUAAAUAUUUUCGGAGAAAAAUUAGUGUCAGUGCUGAAACGCCCCCUUUUGUUGAAAGAAUCUCGAAAUACCGUAUGUUUGUGGUAAACAUGAAAAUGAUAAAGAAGCAGGGAAUUAAAAAUGAGAAUCCCACAAUAAGGAAAUACAACCAGCGGUUAUUUUGGGUCGAAACUGCCGAUGUUACAAUAUAACUGUAAAUUAUUAUGAACUCACGUGUGAUUAAAUAAGGCUGUAUUUGCAAAAAGUGAAGAUAACAAAGAUAUACACACAUACAUACAUACAUGUGGGCAUAUGUAUGAGUAUACCGCAGUGCUUCUCUAUAACCAUCGAUAUUGUAUGUAUGUAUGAAAUCGAAAAGGCUUUGAUGAUAAGUUGUGUGAACCGUAUACACACCUCCUUAUCGCUUCGAAAUGCAGAAAUAUGUUUGAAUGUAUGUAUGUAUGUACAGUAAUAUGUGUAUUAAUUGGCAUCGAAUGUGGCUUGCAGAACUCCUGUUGAAGAAUGUAAAUAAAAGACUUUACAUUCAAAUUGGUUCGAUGUCAGUUGAUGUGGGCACCCGAUCGCGUCAAGACGUGCAACACUAGAGGAAUUGCCAUUCGAUUUCGAAAAUAUACCGUUAUUAUUUUUAAUUGUUGUUGUUGGUGUAGUCUUAGUAAACAUGUCACAGGAGUACAGUGUUAGUGAGGUGGCACAGAACAACGGUCGCGAUGGCAAGCCUGUGUGGAUUAUUUACAAAGAGAGCGUCUACGACGUGACGACCUUCAUAAACGAACAUCCGGGUGGUGCAGAGUCCAUACUCGAAUAUGCGGGUAAAGACGCCACAAAAGCCUUCAAUCAAGUUGGUCAUUCCUCCGACGCCAUUAAGGAAAUGAAGUCGUACAAAAUAGGCGUGAUUAGAAAAGAGGGUAUGCAAAUACUCAGCACCCAGCCGACAUCCGCAGACAUUGGUCUAAAUGAGAAACAGAAACAACCGCAAGAAAACUGUUCUGGCUCGGAAAAGAAACGAAUUAAAUUUUUCUUUUGUUUUUGAAUAAAAAAAGGCGAUCAACUUGGGAGAGUUUGCCUGACUGUGAUUAAACUGAA